AUGGAAUGUGAUCCGGCCAUUUUUGAAAAUGAUUAUUUAAACAAAUAUUUGCUUUCUAAAAAUAUAGCCAAUGAUGAUAAAAGAGUAAAUUGUAAAUUAAAUAAAGGUGUAUCUGUAAAGAUCAACAACCCAUAUAAUUAUAUCAAUAAAUUAAGCGAAAUUGAAAUGAAUGCUGAAGAAAGAAUUAAUUUAGCUAUGAAAAAAGGCAAAAAUGUAGCUAUGGCAGCUGGUUCUACAAAUUAUGGUGGAAUAAAAAUUGGUGAAAAUAAAGAUGAUCAGCAUAAAGGAAAAAACCCGUCAGUGCAUUUUAAUCAAAUUCAAGAUGAUCGAAGCAAAGGGAAGGGUAAAAUGAUAGAAUUUCAAAAUGAAACGGAAUAUAAUAUUCAAAAUAAUAAUGAGAAAAAUGAAAGCCUUGCAGCUUAUACGGAAGAUUUUUGGAACACUUUUAUGAAUCGUACUUCAAAUGAAUAUUUAGGUGAGCAUUAAAACUUGAUUGAAAAUUAAUAUUAAUUAACAAAAUAAUCAAAAAUAAAAAAACUGUGUAAAAAAUAGAGAUCCAGCUAGAUUUUUCGAUACUAUAUACUCGACACCCCAGCACCCUGACCCCAUUUCCCAGCUAUUUUUUAAAAUUUAUCCCCACCCUGAAAAAAGUGAUAUACUGACCAUAAAUGUAUAAUGAACAUAUCUCCUUGCUAUUUUAAUUCCCCAAUCCAUCAAUAUCACUAUAAAUCAUUAAUUUUUCUUGAAAAUACCCGUAAUCCUUCAAAUCCGCUUAUAUCCCUGGACCAAAAGUUUAUAUUCUUCA